AUGCCCAGUAAGCAGGCGAACGAUGUGCUGGCGGUGGAGGAGCUGGUGCACGAGAUCCGUGAAAACCUGCGUCUGAAAGCGAAACCUACCCACCACCAGGCGACGCGAAGUUCGCGGCCCUCACCCUAUCACAUACCCUGCCGAUCGUGGUCGGAACCCGUGUGUGGAGCCGGCACGGACAAGGCGAAGGCGGCCAACAAGGCGAAGACGAAAGGCGAGGAGACGAUAGACGAUCCGUACGAGUUCCUGCAGACCCUGCUAAAAAACAACAACCUCGUGAAGGAGGCCGUCCGCCGGUUGCAGCAUGGACUGUCGCCCAAGCAGCGAUACUUCUACGAGAGCGACGAGGAGUCGUCCCGGUCGCCGCUUGUAGUCAUGUGUCAGUUAGAAUCUUAA